UUGGCCCCAGAAGAGUGAAGGCCAUUUGCUCGGGGCCUUUUGCUCCACAGGUCUGAAGCGAUCAGACGCCUCCCCGACCAGACGCCUCCCCGGCUGGCUCAGCCAUCUACCUGUCCCAGCGCCAGGGGACGUCAGAUCCCGCCAGGACUCUUGGCGCGCUCUCCACGACCUUCCACCGGCCUGAGGAUCAGGCUCUCUGCCUUCCCUGCUCUGGGUCCGCGAUGACGGCGACGCUGAUCCUGGAGCCCGCGGGCCGCUGCUGCUGGGACGAGCCGGUGCGCAUCGCCGUGCGCGGCCUGGCCCCCAAGCAGCCGGUCACGCUGCGCGCGUCCCUGCGCGACGAGAAGGGCGCGCUCUUCCGCGCCCACGCGCGCUACCGCGCCGACGCCGCCGGCCUGCUGGACCUGGCGCGCGCGCCCGCGCUGGGCGGCAGCUUCGCGGGGCUCGAGCCCAUGGGGCUGCUCUGGGCGCUGGAGCCCGAGAAGCCUUUCUGGCGCUUUCUGAAGCGCGACGUGCGGACGCCCUUCGCCGUGGAGCUGGAGGUGCUGGACGGUCACGACCCCGAGGCCGGGCGGCUGCUGGGCCGGGCGGUGCACGAGCGCGACUUUCUGCGGCCGGGGGUGCGGCGGGAGCCGGUGCGCGCGGGCCGGGUGCGCGCCACGCUCUUCCUGCCGCCAGGUGACCCAGGGGGCGGGAGUGUGUGAGGGUCAGUGCCCUGGGCCACUGGUGGCCUCCGUGCUGCUCUAGCUGACGUUUGGCUCUGGAGCACGGUCAGCAAAGCUGGCAUUGGCUGUCAAUAGCGCUCAACAAAAAUGGAGGAUUUUGGCGCCAGGUUCUGCACUAUGUAUACCAUUUAAUCUCUGUAAUAUCCCAAUGAGGUGGGUGGUGUUAUGCUGCAGAUGAAAAGCUAGGGUCAGAUUGGUAGGUACAUUGUCCUCUUUGCUAUUAGUCACUCCUCUACAGGUCCCUGUAGGCAUC